GAGAAAGUGCGUGAGAUAGUGGUGAGCGUAUAUAAAAUUUAAACACUGAGAAAAUAAUUUAACGUGAUAAUUUCUAAAUCUCUAUUAAAAAUUGACGACGCUAAUGUAAAUUUACAUCGUUACAAACAUGGCGGUACGUGUACAAUUCGAGAACAAUAAUGAAAUCGGGGUUUUCUCCAAGCUAACAAAUUCUUAUUGCCUCGUAGCAAUCGGUGGUUCUGAGAAUUUUUACAGUGUCUUUGAAGCAGAAUUAGCUGAAAUCAUUCCUGUAAUUCAUGCGUCAGUUGCAGGAUGUCGUAUAAUCGGUCGAUUAUGCGUUGGAAAUAAAAAUGGACUGUUAGUCCCAAACACGACAACGGAUACAGAAUUGCAACAUAUACGAAAUUCACUACCGGAUAAAGUUAAAGUACAAAGAGUUGAAGAAAGAUUGUCUGCCUUGGGUAAUGUUAUUAGUUGCAAUGAUUAUGUGGCUUUAGUACAUCCCGAUCUUGAUAGAGAAACGGAAGAAAUUUUAGCUGACACGUUAAAUGUAGAAGUAUUUAGGCAAACCGUGGCUGGUAAUGUUUUAGUAGGUUCAUAUUCUGUAUUAUCCAAUCGAGGUGGUUUGGUGCAUCCAAAAACAUCCAUACAGGAUCAAGAUGAAUUGUCAUCUUUGUUGCAAGUACCACUUGCUGCAGGUACAUUAAACAGAGGCAGUGAUGUCAUAGCUGCAGGGAUGGUUGUGAAUGAUUGGGUAUCUUUCUGUGGUAUGGAUACGACUUCAACAGAACUUUCAGUUAUCGAAAGUGUUUUUAAACUCAAUGAAGCUACUCCAGCUGCUAUUACAUCGACUAUGCGUGCAUCACUUAUAGAAAGUAUGUCUUAAGUAAAGCUGAACUCUCUAAGAGAGUACAAAAAUAAUGUUUGAUGGUAGACUACAUGUGUGUACAUAAAUUCAACAUUUAUAACAAAUAUAAUUGCACAAAAUAAUACUGUGCUUUCAACACCAUAACUGCAGCACUUUUUGUAUGAUUCCAACAAAACAUGAUUUAAAAUUGUAAUAGAAUACUAUACUAAAAUUUAUAUAAAAUGCAAUAUUAAG